AUGCGAAACACCAGAAUAACUCGAGCUACUGCCCUCACGAUCGGUGUCCUGUUCACUCUGUUCAUUCUCCUACCGGAUCAGCACCUCCCUUCACCAGACCUAUUCCAGCAGAACCAAUGCCCUGAUACCGACCUUGCAAAUAACAUCGUCAUCGCUGUGAAGACCGGAGCAUCGGAAGCCUCGGAAAAAAUCCCUUCACUUAUGCAAACAUCGCUACGCUGCGCAAAAAAUGUUUUCUUCUUCUCAGACUUAGAACAAGAUAUUGGUCCUUACCACCUGCACGACACACUCAACAAAAUAUCUCCGGAAGUCAAGAAAUUGGAUGGUGCCUUUGAAUUCUACAGAUUGCAGCAGGAAGCAUGGCGCCGGGAUGGAAGCGUCAAUUCAACCAGGGGAAUGAAAGAUCCUAGCUCAUCCAGUGACCUAGCUGCUUGGACACUGGAUAAGUACAAAAACACGCAUAUUCUUGAGAAAAUUUGGGAGUUCGCUCCGGAGAAAGAAUGGUAUAUUGUCAUUGACGCCGAUACUUAUGUUAUCUGGCCCAACUUGCUUCACUGGCUACCAUCAUUGGACUCGGCCAAGAAGAUGUUUCUGGGAUCUGUGGCGUUCAUUGGAAGUACUGGCUUCGCACAUGGGGGUAGCGGUACUGUCUUCUCUAGAAGUCUGAUGCGUGAUUAUGCUGUCACACACAAUGGGACGGCAUCACGGUUGGACAUUAAGAUACACACGUCGUGCUGCGGGGACGUCAUGGUCAGUGAGAUACUGAGAGAGUACGGAAACAAACUUGUCAACAUUCAGCCGGAGAUCAGUGGUCAAAAACCAGGCACGAUACCCUAUCUUACGGACUACUGGUGUCAACCUAGUCUUACAAUGCAUCAUUUCGAUGCUAAAGACAUGGAAGCAUUCAAUCAGUUCGAGAAAAGCCGGGGAAAUACAUCCGUACCUCUGACAUGGGCAGAAAUAUUUGAAAAACUGGCGAAGAAACAAAUACAAUCCAUGCCUGAAAUGCAAGAAGAUUGGGACAACUACUCGUCUGUGGUGGAUGUUGGAUCUGGGAUAUUACAGGAAGGGGUGAAGAGAAGCACAGCGCGGAGUUUUGGUGAAUGUGCUGCUACAUGUGAGGUAAACGCUCAAUGCGUACAAUAUACCUUUGACGGCGAGGCCUGCUACUGGGGAAAGGCCAUUCGUCUGGGUGAAAGGAAGUUACCGGAGGGAGGUAAACGUUGGCAGAGUGGUUGGAAUCAGACCAGGGUCGCAGACUGGAUUGCGAAACAACCAAAGUGUAAUGAUGUCGAGUUCCCAAAUUGGCGGAAAAGUGUACAGUAUUAG